AUGGGCUAUUAUCAGUGGUUGUGUACAGCAGGGGUGAUCUUUGGACUGCUGGAAUUCCAGUUCAACAAGUUGAAGGAAUUAUGUUGUAUAUGCACUGUGAUGGAUAGAGGAAUGCGUGAUUCGCUUGCUUGCUUCUUAAAUGCGACACCUUUCUUGGAGAAGUUGUUUGUCAAUAUCGACGAAAACUGUAGUAGUCCAAUGCCAUGCCCCUAUUUUCAGCAAUACUGGCAUGAGCCUCACUUAUGUAUGAACUAUGCAACUGUGAAAUGCAAUGCUUCUCAACUCAAACAUCUAAGUACUUUUAAGAUGGCUGGUUUUACAAGUGAAGAGGAUCAAUUACUUUUAAUGGAUCUUUUGCUUCAUAAGGCACUUUUGCUCGAGACAGUGACUGUUACAUCACCGGAGAAUCGUUCAUGGUCUGUUGCAAAAAUUCCUCAAUGUCAUCUAAACCGGUUUCAAAGGUUCCAGCCUGAAAGUAUGGUGGCAUCCCUUCCAAACAAGGAUUACUCUUUGUAUUAA